AUGUGUCUAUUACAGUCUGGUUUUGGGAGCUACCAGGACGAGCAAUCUCCUGUAAAUGAUUAUCAUCAUCCUCAAUAUCAACCUCAUGAUCAUAAGGGUUUGGUUAUGGUGAUGAGGAGGUUUAGCAGAGCUCAUCCUCCUCAGCCUUCACCAAGAAUAGUUAAUGUUGAUAGAUAUGGUGCAAAAGCUAACGGCAGAGAUGAUUCUCAGGCUUUCAAGAAAGCUUGGAGGGCAGCUUGUUUAGCCUCUAAUGGAGCUGUUUUAGUCGUUCCAAGGAACAAGAUUUAUCAUCUUAAGCCACUUAUCUUUUCUGGUCCUUGCAAAUCAACUCUCACAUUCAAGAUUUAUGGAACAAUAAAGGCUUGGGUGAAACAGUCAGAGUACAGAGAGAGAAGGCAUUGGCUUAGAUUUGAUAAUGUUCAUAAUUUAAGAGUUACUGGAGGAGGCAUUAUUAAUGGAAAUGGCAGGAAAUGGUGGCUGAACUCUUGCAAAAUCAACAAAAAACUUCCUUGCAAGGAUGCACCAACUGCUGUUACAUUUUAUGAAUGCAGCAACUUAAUAGUAUCAAAUAUUUGGUUCCAAAAUUCACAAAAAAUGCAUAUUUCAUUUCAAAGUUGUUUAUAUGUAAAAGCUUUGAAUUUGGUGGUGACCGCUCCGGAAAAUAGUCCUAAUACCGAUGGAAUUCAUGUUACUGGAACGCGGAAUAUUCUCAUUAAAAAUUGUCUCAUUCGAACAGGUGAUGACUGUAUUUCAAUUGUAAGUGGGUCAAAAAAUGUAAGAGCAACUGGGAUAACUUGUGGACCAGGUCAUGGAAUCAGUAUUGGAAGCUUAGGAGCUGAUAAUUCAGAAGCUUAUGUUUCAAAUGUUGAAGUGACAAAUUCCAAGCUUACAGGAACCACUAAUGGAGUCAGAAUAAAGACUUGGCAGGGUGGAUCUGGGUUUGCUAAGAACAUCAUAUUCCACAAUAUAGAAAUGAAGAAUGUGACAAAUCCCAUAAUCAUAGAUCAAAAUUAUUGCGACCAAGAUGAUCCAUGCCCACAACAGGCAUCGGCUGUGAAAGUGAGCAAUGUGCUAUAUAGAAAUAUAAAGGGAACAAGUGCAUCAAAAGUGGCAAUAAACUUUGAUUGUAGUGAGACUGUUCCUUGUCAAGGCAUUUUGUUGCAAGAUGUUGCCAUUGCAAGCAAGCAUGAAGAACCCACCAAAGCUUCGUGUGCCAAUGUCAUUUUAGACACUAGAGGAGAUGUAUUUCCGUAUUGCUUUAAUAAUUGA